AUGUCUGCUGCUGCGACUCUUCCUCCCCAGCAUCCAAAGGGUGCGAACUGGGCUGAUGACGAAAACGAUGAUGCCAUGCCUCGUGUGGAAACGCGUGACGAGGGCAACGGCAUUCAAGUUGUGACAGAAUACCGCACGAACGCGGAUGGUAAGAAGGUCAAGGUGACGCGUCGCAUUAAGCGUACGCUUGUAAGCACCAAGGUGAACCAUGUGGUGGCGGAGCGCAAGACGUGGGCCAAGUUUGGCCUCGAAAAGAGCGCCGCGCCAGGACCUCAUUCGGGUACGACAUCGAUCGGUGCGAAUGUGCAGAUCAAGCUUACGGCUGGUGCUCAGAAGGAGCCUGAGCCUGACCCAACGGAGGCCAUGCGCGAGAAGCUUGCGAACAAGCGUGUGCAGUGCCGUCUCUGCAAGGGCGACCAUUACACGGCUCGUUGCCCGUACCGCGAUACACUCGAGGCCAUCCCGGGCGCCGGUGGCGAUGUGCCCGACAGCGAUACUGUGGCUGCUGCAGCCGCGGCUGGUCUCUCGCUCUCGGGCGACUCUGCUGCGGACAAGAUGAACCCUGCGGCAGCUGGUCCAGGCAAGUACAAACCACCGAGCUUGCGUUCAGGUGCUGUGCCGACCCCCGGUAUGGGCGGUCCUACGCAGCGCGACGAGACGGCUACGCUGCGUGUAACGAACCUCAGCGAGGAUGUAGAAGAAGAGGAUUUGCGCGAUCUCUUCCGUCGCUACGGUCGUGUUACACGUAUCUUUGUUGGCCGCGAUCGCGAGACCGGUGCCUGCAAGGGCUUUGCGUACGUCAACUUUGAAGAUCGCGCAUCUGCCGAUAUGGCACGCCAGAAGCUGGACGGAUACCCAUACAGCAACCUUAUUCUCAGUUGCCAGUGGUCUCAGCCGCGUGGCGAGCGCCCGCAUUGA